AUGGACGCUUCAGACUUUCACGCUUGCGAUGACGGAUGUUAUUUUAUUCGGUACGCUGGUGUCCCAAGCUUACCGUCUACAGCUGUUCAGAAUGUUGAGAGAACAACUGUACCUGGAAACAAAACAGGCUGGUGGCCAUGCUUUCCAUUGUUUGUGGGAGUCCAAACCGGUAAAAGUCUGAAUGCAAGCUAUCCGCCGAUUCUGGACCCCUGGGUAUGGCUGCAAACUCCAGGUGCAGCCUACUUUCUGGGUCCCUACAUGUACACUGCCACGGUACUUCUUCUGGACAAUUCCAGCCACACUGAGUUCAUCAGCAGUGCGAGCGCGACGAAUGCGACUUGUGGAGAACGCGACACUCGAAACAAUAUAGAGAAUCACCUCUUUCAAGGCCGCAUUCGAGUGAUCUACCUGGUGGCUGUCAUUGCAUGGGCUGCGUGCAUGCUGGUGCAUGACUGGUCCUUGCUAGCAGGUGUUCACGAGCGGGUGACAUUAAAAAUUGCCUUGGUGCUAUUUUGGUGCCAGCUAUUCUCUUGCGUCGCUGCUUUCGUGUGGGGUACCGGUGCUGCAGAGGUAUUUGUUGAACCAGUCUCGGGCUGCUAUUACAGGUUGAACACUGUGGCGACAUUGCUUGCAGUGUUGCCGCCUUUCCUGCUGUUGGCUGCCACAGAGCAAAAAUACCACAGGCUUGUGCUAUCAGUUUGCCAUGGAGACUAUCUUUAUUCAGUUCAGUACAGUGUCCCAUUCAGAGCAGCUGAAGCAACAAUCCCUCUCGAUCCAUCAGCAUCCCUGCUUUCCCCUGCCUUGAGGGGAGACAGUGGCGCUGAAAGGAGAGGAGGUGUAGAAGCCUGUCCAGCACCAAGGCUAUCCGUUCGGGAAAUCUCGCAGAUGGAAUGGAUGCUUACCUGGACCUACAUGUUCUGGUGUCUUGCGCAGCAUCUGGUCAUAGCUCCCUUUGCAGUUGGGCCACUUUUCCGGAGGAUCGUGCAAGUGUCAAAGACCUGGAGGUGGGCCUUUGAUGCUUUCGGAAUUCUCAAGUUUGGUGUUUUGGCACUGAUGAUUGGUUCUGUGGUGGCUGGCCUUUAUCCGGCCUUCCGCCUUUGCCGGGCUGCGGGCCGGGCUUGCCCGACUCAUAUCUUCAGCGAGCAGGAACGAGAAGACACUUUCGUGUGUCUGCGCAUCAGGAGACUAGCCACUCGGUUGACGAAUGUCUUCGCUUUGAUUUUUGGCCCCAUAUUCAGAAUCGGCGCCGUGAUGAGGAUUUGGAUUUGGUUGCGGGGUGACCUGCUCACAGACAGUGUUCUCGAUGACACUUGGCUGUGGUACCUGCAUGGGACCUCAGCUUUUAUACAUGCUUCUAUCGCUUGCUCCAUGCUGCCGGCAUUCAAGGACCCCACGAUCAUGCUCAGAGCUCGGGCACUACACCUGGACUUUGAGCUGGAGAAGAGGUCCUUGGCUGAGGUGCACAUGAACCAUCCCGAUUGGCUCAUGGAUCGAUAUUUGGAGAAAGACCUUCGAGAAAGCAAAAGUCUCCUCCAAAAGAGGAAGAGCCAACUACUCGAGACGGAGGUGGACGAGUCUAGACUGCUCCUCAAGACGUCUCUUCAUUUUGUGGUGUAUGUGGUUACAUAA